GUAUAAAAGAAGAACGAAUAGUGAACCAUAAUCAGACACCUAUAUGGAUUUAAAGUUAAUUCAUUUAAUAAACUAUAAGAUGAGGGUGUUUAUGGUUGUCUCUAUUCUGUUGCUGUUUGACAUGGCGAAUGGUUUGCCACAACCACAGCAAGGUGAACAUAUUUAUUUAAACAAUGAAGAAACCCAAGUAAAAACCAUAAACCGCCGAUAUCGCAGAAAUUCAGACGGUUGUUAUUUUGAACAUUUCGGUCCAUUUACACUUACGAUACAAGGCAGUCUGUAUAGUCCUAAUAGAUUUAUCUGUCCUACAACGACUACAACGACUACAACGACUACAGAACCUCCAGUGGAUGACGAUGAUAUUGUAUUCGUUGGACUUCCAUAAUAAUAACGUCUCUGCCGCGUUAUAUCGUAUCGUUGAUUGAUGAAUUUAGGCCUAGAUCCCGCGUACCAAAAAAAGUUGAUUAAUAGUAAGCUGAAUAUUUGUUAAUAGCUUAACGGUGUCUCGUCGGACAACCUUUGGUGUAUGGGAACACUGGAACAGGGGAAGUUUUAAUUGUGAAAUAGGUUAAAAAUUGUGAACGUUAGACUACAAAAACGUCCCAUAUAUUUUGUCGUACAGAAUUUGCAAUUGAUUUGCUACGUUUUCAUUUAACUCUCAUCCAAAAGUCAGACUGGUAUAUCAACAACUGGACAUUUUAAUAAGUCCGGCACGACGUAGAACAUGCAAAUGACAGGAAUUAUGACAGGUGAUAAAUAGCAGUCCAAUUUUUGCAUGAGAGCUUAAUGAAAGGGUCGCAAAACAAUUGGAAGUUCUGUCCGAUAAAAUACAUGGUACGUUUUCGUAGUGGGACGUUCCAAAUUUUUAACCUGUUCCACAAGUAAAACUUCCCCUGUUCCAAUGUUCCCGAACAUCAAUGUUUGUCAGACCGUUAAGCUGACAAAAGACCGUUAAGACAAAUUUUCAGCUUACUAUUAAUUAACUUUUUUUGGUACGCGGGAUCCAGGCCUAAUUGGCCCAUAUUAAUAUUUCAAUCAAUGGUCGUUACGUUACUGAUUAACUAAUAAAAAAUGCCGACCAAUAUACCUACUGUAACUUUUUGCAUAAAUUUAUAGUUUUAAUUUUCACAUGGGUUUAUAAUAAAUGUUAUAUCUAAAA